AGUACGGAUAGUCGCUCUCAGGCUUCUUCCUAAUGUGAUUUAUGGUUUGCUGGUUUUGUAAUUUGUACAAACAUUCGCAAAAAUAACAAAGUGAUUCAUACUAAAGUGGACGUAUUGUUAGGAACGCGAUUGACAUUGAUUUUGUAUUCCAAUUUUUGUGAGAUGUUGACAAUUAAAAAACGAAAUUCAAAUGAUAAAACUUGAAAAUGACUAUAGACUAUAUUGCUGUCAAACUUUGCAUUAUUGUUGACACAUGCGAUUUGAUGUACUGUGUACUAAAGUCUUCCGAGAGCAUCAUUAUUUUCAUAAAGUAACUUUUUAUUUCUUUGAAUUGUAUUAACGCGAUUUUUAAUCGCUUUGAGUGCGAAAUUGUUGAAGAACAAUGUCUGAAGAACAAUUCUCCCUAGUAUGGAACAGUUUCCCAAGAAACUUGUCUUCGGGAUUGUAUACACUUCUGGCAGAUGAACAGCUUGUAGAUGUUACUUUAGCUGCUGAAGGACAAAUUCUACGAGCUCACAAAUUGAUAUUGUCAGUUUGCAGUACAUAUUUUCGAGAUCUUUUUAAGGGAAAUUCAUGCAAACAUCCAAUUGUCAUAUUAAAGGAUGUUAAUUAUCGAGAUUUGUCAGCUAUGCUACAUUUUAUGUAUCAAGGAGAAGUAAAUAUAAAGCAAGAAGAUAUUGCUAGUUUUCUAAAAGUUGCAGAGACUCUUCAAAUAAAAGGACUAACUGCAGAAACAGAUGAAAAAUUGGAAGAGGGUCUUAGAAAAAAUGUCGAAGACUUUGAGGAACAACUAUUUGAAGAAAAGGACAAAAGCACUCCCUGCAACAUGGAUGAAAAUGACUCCACUUUUGACAGGCUGUCACAUACCAUAGAAAAGAGACAAUCAACAAAGAGACCUAAAAAUACCUUACAAAUUUCAACAAAUAGAAAAGUAUUUGUAUCUUCAAACAUACAUGACACUAACAAUCGAGAAAGCUGUAUAGAAGACAACUAUAAUCUUCCUGACACACCAUCAAAGUUCAAUGAAAGGUGCAGAAGUAUGGAUAAAUCACCAAGGAAUACAGAAGAGCAACCAUUAGAUUGUACAUCAGAUGUGAAUCAGCUGCAAGAAGCUAAGCAAGAGCCACUAGAUUACACUCUCGAUAUGGAUACAGAUCAAUCAAGAUACAAAUCUUACACAGCAGAAAGAAUAUUCUAUGACCCUAAGGAAAACAUACAAAAACAAGAUUUCACGCCAGAUAUGCAGUUAGUUUCCUACAAUCAGAACUCACAAAUUCAACCAUUUGGUUUGAAUAACGCGACGUUUCAAAAUGAUAUCACAUACGACACAACAAAUCCUAGCAAUAAAAUCCAGAGUGCCGCAAAAGACAUUCCCAGCAGCAGUCUACCGCUGGAAACAACGCUACGAGUCAUCUCGGAAUUGGGCCCUACGCUGCGAAUGGAACGCGGCAAAGUGGUACGCAUGUAUGCGUGUCCGUGGUGCCUUCGUCAUUUUACGCGCAAAGAGAAUCUCAAGCUUCAUGUUCGUUAUAUUCAUGGUCCGCUUGAAACUCUCACGUGUACGCUUUGUGGCAAUAAAUAUAAGAACAGUAACAGUCUGCGUGUACACUCCUACCUCUAUCACAACGCUAAACGGGAUAAGCAUGGAAAGCCGCUGACGGUAGGUAGCAGCGGUAGUGGCGACGGAAGCGGCAACAGUAGUGUAUAAAAACAGAUCGGAGUUGUCCCUUUUUUAAACAAGCCUUGAAAAAAAUGGACAUUCGUAUUUUACAUAAGACCGAAUAUUGAGUUGCGAGUGGAAUUUUGUAUUUAUAUUAGCGUACAUUAAGAUGCAUUAAUAGUUUCUAGCGUGCUUGCGUUCAAAUUUUUUAAAUAAUUUAAAAAGAAUGGAUUUUAUAAAUAAUUUAUAAUAGUUUAUAUAAAUUAUGUUUUAGUUUACUAACGUAACUGUUUUACGUACGUGAAGACUAAACUAAUCGGUGAUAUUUGUUUUGUGUUAUAAAAUAUACAAUUAAAUGCAAACGCGGAAAAUCCAUUAAUGCAGUCUGAUGUACAAUUGACAUAACGUAUCUAGGCACGUAAUAAGUACCAAAUAUUUCUAUACGAUAUUAAAUUAAGCCGAAGAUUUAUAGAAAUAAAGCGCCUUACUAUAUACAAACUAUUACGCAGAACCUGUUUCCACACAUCCUUCCCACUUAUAAAAUUUUAUAAUAAUAAAAAAA